CUGCACAUAACCUGUCACUUUCAUAACAAUAACAUAACCUCAAAGAUGUGGCGCAAUUCUCUCAAAUUACUUGUAAACAGCAUUAAAACCCAAGAAAAAUAUGUCCCACCACUUGCCCUCCAAGGCUUCUCCAAACACAUUCACCGAUCGUCGCCGCUCGCCAUGUUCGUACAAACUCAAGAGACACCGAAUCCCAACAGUCUAAAGUUCUUACCGGGCGUUAAAGUCUUAGAAUCAGGUCAGACGAUGGACUUUCCUACCGGCCAGUCGGCAUUCUGCUCGCCCCUCGGCAAGUUACUGUUCCGAAUCGAAGGCGUUAAAGGCGUAUUUCUCGGCCCCGACUUUAUUACCGUAACGAAGAGUGACGACGACGUCGAGUGGAAGCUAAUCAAACCGGAGAUUUUCGCGACGAUUAUGGACUUUUUCGCGAGCGGUCUACCCGUCUUGCAGGAGGGGGUUCCGAAUUCAGAUACGCAGGUCAACGAAGACGAUAGCGAAAUCGUGCAGAUGAUUAAAGAACUUUUGGAUACCAGAAUUAGGCCCACCGUGCAGGAGGAUGGAGGUGAUCUUCUUUUUAUGGGAUACGAUGAUGGUGUUGUUAAGUUAAAAAUGCAAGGCUCAUGUUCGAGUUGCCCUAGUUCGAUUGUGACGCUAAAAAAUGGCGUGCAAAAUAUGUUGCAAUUUUAUAUACCUGAAGUGGUGGCUGUCGAGCAAGUAGAUGAGCCUUCUGAUAAAGUUAGUGAAAAAGAAUUUAAACAAUUUGAAAUGAAGUUAAAGCAACUUGAAAAAGAAUAAAUUAUACGUAAUUUGUCUAUGAACCGGUAGUACGAGUAAAACCACCGAAUUAGUGGUGUGGAUUAACUUCUUGCAUAAUUUUAUAUGACAAACUGUGAAAGCAUAUUCAGAAAUACCUAAAACGGUUCAGAACUGAAAAAAGGUUUCUGUGUUCUGCUUUCCUUGACUGUUCUUUAUUUUGUUAUUGUUGUAAUAAAACUUGUAUUUACUUUGGUA